UGUGCUACCCUUAGAUGCUUGUACAAUAGCAUUGCUGCCUUGGUGUUGUGAGGGGAAAGAAAAAAAACUUUUGCUGUGUUGUUUGAGCAGUUCAACCUGCACUCGCCUUCCUGUGGCCCCGGGCUUGAGAACCUCUUUCUGAUUGCAGCUUGUCCAUGUGACUUGGUUUCCGUUGCCUGCCUGCUUCCGUGAAUAGUAAAAAAGAGGCAUCGGAGUUUCAGUCAGAGCAGAAGAAGGCAGCUGAACUUCACACGCUCUGCAGCAGCGAGCCAGUCAGCGACAUGGUCAGGGGAUCAACCGUCAGUGGCUUGGGAAAUCCACACCUAACCACCAGCCUCCACUGGAAAAUCCUAACUUGAAUAACGUGAGGACUACGCGCCUCCAUCGGGAAACGCCCGCGAGGCCGACACGCCGUUCACCCUCUCCUUCAUUCACUCUGUCCACAGUGAGGAUGUUAAGAUGCCAGUCCACGGUCUCACUCCUAUCCUGCUCUGCUUGUUUCCCAUGUGGGCAAUACCGACGCCAGCCUCUUGUCAUCCACAGCAAAGCCAAUGCUAUCUGAAACAAGCAACGGCUGUCUGCAACAAUGGCAAGCUCACCUCUGUGCCUGCUGGACUGCCAGGCAACAUUGAAGAACUUCACCUCAACUACAACGACAUUCAAACACUACACAGCAACUCUUUCAGUUACUGUUCAUUAAAAAUCUUGAGCUUAGCUUGUAAUAAGUUGGAGAAAUUAGAAUCAAACACUUUUCAAGACUCAAAAUUGUUAGAAAGUCUCAGUUUUGCAAAUAACCAUCUCCACACUGACUACCAAGAAACCGGUCGCGCCUUAAAAACUCUACCCCGACUCAGGGUUCUGGAUCUGUCUGAGAAUAAGCUCGAUGAGGAAAUGGCUGCCACUCUUCUCCAAAAUCUGACUGCCCUGGAGUAUCUCAAUCUUUCUGGAAACCUCUUGCAGAGAUUGGAUGAGGCCUCAUUCAGAGAUCUUCAUCAGCUCAAAGAACUCGACUUGCAGAGAAACAUCAUGUUCGAGAUUGAUGGCGCCUUUAACAGCAAUCACAAGCUCCAGCGCCUCAACUUGGCCUUCAACUAUCUGCCAUGCCUGACUGACUUCCAAAUGACCCAGCUGGUGGUCCUCAACGCCAGCCACAACUUCAUCGAGUGGUUUAUCUCCAAACAAGACAUGAAUGAAACGUUCCAGUUGGAGACACUUGACCUGUCAGACAACAAACUGCUCUUCUUUCCUUUCUUGCCCAGCCGGAGCCACUUGCGAAAUCUUUACCUCUCCCACAACAGUCUCAGAUUUUACGAACACUUGGAAAACAACGCCACAGCUGCAAACUCGACUGCAACUGUUGAUUUUUACAAUGUGAACAAGGACGUGGGCAACUUGACGACUAAGUUGUGGGAUGAGAGCCUUCACGGCGACAUCUCCUUUUUAGAGAUUUUGGAUCUAAAAGGGAACCAGGUGGAGUAUUUUCCCCAAGGAUUCAUCCAGAAAAUGCCUGCCCUGUCCAGACUUCGACUGUGCACGAAUUGUCUGAAAACCUUAAAUCUCACGUCAGCACAGCUCUCUGGCAGCUUGUAUGAGCUGGACGUUAGCAACAACAGGCUGAACCAGAUUGUAGCAGAUGAAGGGAUGAUGACUGCUCUCAGCAAUCUGACGUACCUUAACCUGAGCCUGAACGAUCUUGAGCGGUUACCCUCGGGAUUGCUUUCCUCGUUGCCAAGCCUCAGAUCAGUGGAUCUCAGUUAUAACAACAUUGACAUUUGCUCUCCUGAGGAAGCUGAGACCAAUAUAGACGAAAUGUCGUCUUGCGUGGACUGGAGAAACAUCGCAUCCCUAAGGCAACUUUACCUUAAGGGAUGCAAACUUAAAAUAAUUCCAUCGGCUGCGUUCACUGGGUUGUCUUUAACACACUUGGAACUGUCCGACAACCCUGGACUCAUUGUUGAAGAAUCAAUACACGUUCUUAGCAGAACAUUGCAACAUCUAGGUUUAGGGAACACUCUUAUACAAGACUUCGACUUCUCCCAUUUCCAAAAUCUGAAGUCUAUAAAUAUUUCAAAGAACUCUCUUGCCCAUCUUCCCUCUUCACUUCUGAAUCUUGACCUGAAAGUACUCGAUUUGAGGGACAACAGCCUGUCCACUAUUCCCCAAAGACAGGCUAACACAUUAGCGCAGAAACUGCACACUGUUUUCCUCACAGGAAAUCCGUUCAACUGCUGCCAAACAGAGUGGUUCAGGACUUUCAUAACAACAGAGACAAUUAACGUGGUUGGACAUUCAGACAUUGAAUGUGAGGAUGCCCUCCAAAUAACACACAAAGUGGGCCACUUCCAGUCAAGUUUCUGUUUGGAGGAAGGUGGGGAAUCGAUUAUCUGGUACAUUCUGCUUUUUGUACCCGUCUGCGUUUCUUUCACGGGUAUUUUAAUCAUUACACUCCUCACAAUCAAGCCCAAAAUGCUACAAAAAUCAAUCAAAAAGAAGUGUUUGAAGCCUACAUCUUACUGAUACUUUAUAAACCCAAAACAAAACUGUAUUUUGUACAUUAUAGAAAAAUGUAACUGAAUGUGAAAAUUGUAAAUAAAUUCAAAGAACUGUAAAA